AUCUGCCGCUCCAUCGCGAGCACUCCCAAGUAGGAGGGCUCGCGCGCAGAGCAGAGUGGAGCAGAGCGGAGCUCGCGCUGUGAUGGGACUACAGACCCGUUAGUGCUCUCCGUUUCCUCCUCUUCCAUCAUGGCUCCCACGAUAGACAGGCAGGGAUAUUGGGGGCGGCCGACCUCAACGCUGGAAUGGUGCGAGGAGAACUAUGUCGUCUCCUUCUAUAUCGCGGAGUUCUGGAACACUGUCAGCAACCUGAUUAUGAUUCUUCCUCCCUUAUACGGAGCCGUCCACACGUAUCGGAAUGGCCUGGAGUUUCGUUAUAUCUGCUCCUUUCUCGGACUUUCAGCUGUAGGCGUGGGUUCCUGGUGCUUCCACAUGACGCUGCUCUAUGAGAUGCAGCUGCUGGACGAGUUGCCGAUGAUUUACAGUACAUGUGUCUUUGUCUACUGUUUAUACGAGUGCUUCAAGCAAGAGAACAGCAUCAGUUUAUUUCCUAUUGUGCUGUUGCUUAUCUUCAGUGUCUCAGUCACGCUGGUGUAUUUACAGUGGAAGGAGCCCGUGUUUCACCAGGUCAUGUAUGGUGUCCUGGUAGCUUGCCUGGUGAUGCGUUCCAUCUUCAUUGUUACAUGGGUGUACCCAUGGCUCAGGGCGCUGUGUUACACCUCUUUAGGGGUCUUUCUGUUGGGCUUCCUGCUGUGGAACAUCGACAACAUCUUCUGUGACUCGUUAAGAGCCAGUAGACAAAUGAUGCCCCCUGGUGUUGGAGUAGUGACACAGUUCCAUGCCUGGUGGCACAUCUUCACGGGUCUGGGUUCCUACUUACACAUACUCCUCAGCUUGCAGAUACGAUCCACCUACCUCAAGUACAGACCAAAGGUUAAGUUUCUGUGUGGCGUCUGGCCCACGUUGCACAUUGAACCACAAAGGAUGAGCUGAAAUGAGAAGAUGUGGACCAGCCUAAGGAUGGUGACUGCCAAAUCAGGCACUAUUGGCAGAGUGGCCUGCCAGUGCUGCCUUGUUACUGCUGGGAACUGGGCCCUCAGUCAAGGGGCGGGUGAACCCCACGGCACCAACUUAGGGACCAUGUGGUUCUUAGCUGUGGGAAAAUGACGUACAGUAUAGCACUGAAUUAAAUUUCAUCAAACUGAAGAUUCUUUUCAUUGAUCUUAAUUUAUUAGACUAGUGUGUUAAGUUAUUUUUAAGUGGGCAGUUUUUUUUUCAAAACCAUUUUCAGUGUAGUUAUAGACAUUUGAUUGCUUUGAAAAGUGGUAGAACAAUAGUAAUUAAUAAAAAAAAAUGUUUUUUAUGACCAAUCACAGAAAUAUCUAAAUCAAAUGAGCCUAAAUAUAUUCAUGUCCCUAUUCAAAUAUGAUAAGACCCUUAUUUAGUUUAGUUUCUCAAAAGCUAAAGCAGUUUAUUGUGUGGUUCUGGAAAAUAAAAAAAUUAAUCUACUUAAACUGGAAGAGAAAAUGUUUUUAUGUAAUGAGGAAACUCUUUCCUUAUCUGCUUAACUGAAGGCUUAAUCUUUACUUGAAGUUUCCACAAACUGAUAUGCUAAAACUGGAAUUCUGAUGCUUUUUAAAGCAAUCCUAAUGAACUUUAUUGCCAAAUUUGCACGUGUUUGUGUUAAGUUGUCAUCCACUGAGUGAAAUGUAUGAAUGGUUUACUUUGCUGUAAAGAAGAAAUGAUUUAAUGAAAGCUUAUAACACUGAAUUGUAGCAUUUGACACAUGUUUUCAUUUUUCCAAAGUACACCGAGAUUAAACUCAAGUCUCAGGCUUGUUCCUGAGAAAAUCUUUCAUCAAGAAGCAACUUAAUUGGAAUGGCCUUGUAGCUGGGUGGUGCUUUAGCCAGAAUAACUACUAGGCAUGGGCCGGUUUUCAAUAUCAAGACAGACCAAGUUUUUAAAAGUAGAGCUUAUAAAACCGCUCAGAUUUACUGUGGUUCUGCUGUAGACGACCUGCUGGACUCAGUCAGAUUUCUAACACCUAUUGCUGCACACUGCCAGUCGGCUGGCUGAAAAAGGCUCGUACACUUUAACCUAGAACGCAAGAAGGAUAAAUUACACGUCUAUGGAUCAAAGUAGAAUAAAAAAUAAUAGAAUAUAGUUACAUACAUUUACAACAGUAACAUUGUUACAAUUGUAUUUAUUUGGGAUGUUCUGAUUAGGAUUUCUUGUUCCUAAUACCAAAUCCCUUCUUUUAAUACCACAGAUCAGUAGAUUACCGAGUCCCAGUCUUAUACUUCAUUAUUAUUGAUUAAAGUAGUUCCAUGUAUGUGCUUGAUAACUAGUUUAGUGCAGUGAAUAAAGCACUAUAUUUAAUCAGCAUUACACUUAAAUUGCCAGUGACACUCUAUAUGAUGGUGCUGCAUUCCUUCUUAUUUUUUUUUUAUUUAUUUUUUUUAUAGCCACAUAUCCCAACUUCAGAUUGUGCAGGUCUGCCUUAGUGUGCUGCUCUAGUGUGGGUUAAUCUAGUCUGGAAAGCUGCUGUGAUGCCCUGAUGCCGUCGCUACGACGUUUGUUUCUAGCAUGUAAUUCAGAUGUGAUAUGUCUCAUUGAUAGCUUGGCCCAUAACAUAUUUCAGAGCAGUGCCAGUUAAUCAUGAGCUGACCACACUACUAGAAAAGGUUGUUUUUAUUAUUAUAAGCCGAAGCGCUUUGCUUUGAACGUUGUAAAAACGAACAACCGGUGUGAUUCGCUGCGCAGCUUUCUCUCAGUCACCGACAUGGUCAUCAGGCAGAGCAGGUCACAUGACCCAGACACACCCCCAGCCUUUCUCUGUCAACAUUAAUACAAAGAGAGAACCCAGAUCUAAUUCACAGAUCAAUGUGCACAAACUGUAACGUGGCUGGCUAAUUCCUCCAAGCCAAAACAGACCAAGACGUUGCCAAAUGUUUCCCUCGGGAUGAAGCUGACAUAAACUCAGACUGCAAACCAGCCACAGGUAUCAGGAGCUGAGUUUCUGCAGGGACUCCAGAUAGCAAUGUCUAAAAACGGAAUAUCUGGUGUCAAAUUAGGCAUCCCCUGUCAUAACAAAUAAGUUCCAUCGUUUUAUAAGCAAAAUAGUUAAUUUUCCAUUAGCAAUUACAUCAACUUAUGCAUUUUUAAAAAUGUAUAGCCACUAUGUAUUAUUACUCAAGGAUGUGCUACCGUCUAACACCGGCCCGUGCUUAGUUUCCACCAGUACCCUGAAUGGUUACUGUGCCUCACGGAUGAACCUGGCUUGAAACCAACUAAGCUAAAAGUGUUGAGAAGUGAGCUAGUCAGAGAUGGUUGACUGAAAUAAAAAUGCAAUCAUUCCGUUAGAGAGAGUUGACCUUGAUCAGAAAACCCAGCUCCACUGAGCAGACAUCGCGAAAUGUUCUUUAUGCUUUGAUGUGAUGAGAUGGUGUGCUUUUAACCUCUGAAUGAACACAACACUUGAACAACCUUGAGCCAGCUGCAUUUUAUUUAAAGCACGUAUUUAUUGAUUUCUACCCUUUUAUCUUUUUAGUCGUCGUAGUAGUUCAUCCAGAUUCAGCUGCACAGACGUAUGCCUCUGAGUAGUUCACCAUGCAACCACUGGAUGGCGUAAAUGGAGCAUGUGGUCUGGAACUCAGCUUCUGUAGAGCUGCUGGAAUCUUUCAUGUUUCCGAUUUUGUGUUAAAUGAAGGGCUCUUUGUGUUUUGUUAGCGUAUCGGCAGCUGCAGCAGCUUGAGCUGACUGGAAUAUGCACACUUUAGCCACUAGGAAAUGUGUUUCCAUUUGUGUGGAAGCGCUGCUUGUGGAACAUGUGCAGAGGCAGCACACUGCGCAGCCACUUUGUUUUUCAUGAUGCACACCUAUGCUUAGGUUUUGGAGUGUAUAAAGCCCGGUGUUACAAACAUUCAUGAGCACAACAUACGAAACAGAAGUAUUAGCCUCCUCCGGAUGUCAUUGUGUGAAUUUUUGUUCUGUGUUAUCUCGAAGUCUCUGCUCAUCAGCAGAACUGAGCGGUCCACAAAGAGGGUGCCUUAUUGUUGUCACUGCAGUGUAAUCCGAGUUGCCUUGAUAUCUGGGAUAAACGUUUCCUUCUCCCUCUCGCGUUUUACCUUUCCCCUGAUUAUCAGCCACUCGUGCAUCAGGAGGACCAACAUCUGCAGCUUUUAACGCAAAGUCUGCCUGAUCCUUUGGCCUUCCAGUCACAUUGUGUGGAAAAACGUACACAUAGCCUGUAUAAAGGUAAUAUCAUGUAACACUACUGCUAUGUUUAUGGCCAGAACACCAAACUCUGCCAACUGUUUUGUUGUACUUUGAUCAGUCUUUGAUGAUGUCUUGUGUUGUCAAAUAAAGGAAAUUGUGUCAGACUCAUGAAA